CUCUUCAACCUUCUGCCUUCUGGAGGGGCACCUUCAACCAACUCCGCGGUGCACUGGCAGCGGCUUCCUUAGUUUUAAAGAAUAAGUGGAAAUACCUCUUUUACAUAGACACUAUGUCCUUUCUGACGGUCAGCAGGCUAGCACCAAAACUGCUCAAUUCAAAGAAUGCCACCUACUUCCUCGUGGCUGCUAGAAAUGCCAGCGCGUCAUCAACAAGUCUGAAGGAUGUUCUGGCAGACCUUAUCCCUAAAGAGCAGACCAGGAUCAAGAACUUUAAACAACAGUAUGGCAAAACCAACAUAGGGCAGGUUACUGUUGAUAUGGUCUAUGGAGGUAUGAGGGGGAUGAAGGGUCUGGUGUAUGAGACCUCUGUGUUGGAUCCUGAUGAGGGCAUUCGUUUUAGGGGCUACAGCAUUCCAGAGUGUCAGAAGUUGCUGCCUAAAGCUCCAGGAGGUGAGGAGCCGCUGCCCGAGGGCCUCUUCUGGCUGCUGGUCACAGGACAGGUGCCCACUGAGGAACAGGUGAACUGGGUGUCCAAAGAGUGGGCGAAGAGAGCAGCGCUUCCCUCACAUGUCGUUACUAUGCUGGAUAAUUUCCCCACAAACCUGCACCCCAUGUCUCAGUUCAGUGCAGCCAUCACUGCUCUGAACAGUGAGAGCAGCUUCGCACGGGCCUACUCUGAGGGAGUCCACAAGUCCAAGUACUGGGAGUUUGUGUACGAGGACUCCAUGGACUUGAUUGCCAAGCUCCCCUGCAUUGCUGCAAAGAUCUACCGCAACCUGUAUCGUGAAGGCAGCAGCAUCGGUGCGAUCGACUCCAACCUGGACUGGUCCCACAACUUCACCAACAUGCUGGGCUACACUGAUUCCCAGUUCACUGAGCUCAUGAGGCUCUACCUCACCAUCCACAGUGACCAUGAAGGAGGCAAUGUGAGCGCCCACACCAGCCACUUGGUGGGCAGUGCCCUGUCUGACCCCUACCUGUCCUUCAGUGCUGCCAUGAAUGGUCUGGCUGGUCCUCUACAUGGCCUGGCCAAUCAGGAGGUGCUGGUGUGGCUGACAGCCCUGCAAAAGGAGUUGGGUGGAGAGGUGUCUGAUGAGAAGAUGAGGGACUACAUCUGGAACACACUUAAGUCUGGAAGGGUUGUGCCAGGCUAUGGCCACGCUGUCCUCAGGAAGACCGACCCACGUUACACCUGCCAGCGUGAGUUUGCCCUGAAGCACCUGCCCAACGACCCCAUGUUCAAGCUGGUUGCCCAGCUUUACAAGAUUGUUCCCAAUGUGCUCCUGGAGCAGGGUAAGGCCAAGAACCCCUGGCCCAAUGUUGAUGCCCACAGUGGAGUUCUGUUGCAGUACUAUGGAAUGACUGAAAUGAAUUACUACACUGUGCUUUUCGGCGUGUCCCGAGCCCUCGGUGUGCUGGCUCAGCUGGUGUGGAGUAGAGCCCUGGGAUUCCCGCUGGAGCGCCCCAAGUCCAUGAGCACAGAUGGACUGAUGACACUGGUGGGAGCCAAGUCGGGCUGAAGAACCAUGCAAAGGGAGCUGGGGGUUAAGUGUGAAGGGUGGGAGGAGGUGGAAAUAUCAAAAUGCAGACACAACUUGACCCCCUGCCAUUUCCACCCCCAGGGAUUCUAUGGGAUUCAAAGAGACAGUAUGCUUUUAAUGUCAUUUCACAGAAAAAGGGGCUUUUUAAAUUAACACAUUGUCAGUGUUAAAGUGUGUGUUUAGUUGAUCAUUUUCAAGUUUUCUCACCAUGCUUCCAUAUUUGAAACGUGAGGGGUGAAAACGUCAGACACACAUACUUGCAACCCAACUUAGUCUCUAACUAACUAUCUUUAGAAGUCUGCCAGCAUCGUAAAGAUUUUCCCCUGUGCAGUGCCUGCGUGUUUGUCAUUGGGCGUUGAGUCUGAACUUUGAAUAGGCAGCGACAUUCAAAGGGAAUUGUCUUAGUGAAUUAAACUGAAUUUGUAUUUAAAGAUCUAAAGUUAAAUACCUGACUCAAUCUUUGCUGCUUUUUGGCUAAUGCGGUGAUUUGUUUUAGAGGAUAUCCCCAAGCAAAAGACCUUUCUUUCCCAAUUACGACUCUCAGCUUAGUUUCCUCUAUGCAAGGUUCCCAGAUAUCAUCCCUCUGUCUGUCCAUGCUUUUCACUCCCAUUUAUGAACACUCCAGUUUAGAAAAAAGGUCCUCACAAGCAGUUCAAGAUAUACUUUCAAAAAAAAGUAAGUUAAAAGUUACUGCCCCUUUAAAUCUUUGGUCUCCCCUUUUGCUCCAACUUGUAGUUUUUUCUUUUUAAUGAUGACCCGUAUUCCCUCUAUGAUCAAAAUAACCGUCUUGUCUAAAUAGAAUUUUUUUUGUUUGUUUGUUAGCAUCCUCUACUAUUUUUGAGUCUCUCUGCUCAAAGGCUCUGAAUGGUAGAGAAUCCAGAAUAAUGUACAGUAAAUAGUAACGAUAAGGAUUCGAGUUAAGGGUGUUGCAAUUGGCUGCCUGUAGUAAAUCCUUAAGAGCAAGCUUGAAUAAAACGGGAUGGGUGGGGUGGGGAGGGGGCUUUGUAUUUGUUGAAGUCCUGUCUUAUUUGAGUGUACGUUUGUUAAUUUACCCCCACAGGAGAGCGCUUUAAACAUCAACUACUCCAAAAUGAGCACUUGCUUGAUUGGAUUUCCUAAUUUGUAGCAGUAGAACCCUCCCAGGUUGAUUGUGUCCCUUUUAGUUUUUUUUUUCCUCUUUUUUGAUGUUGAAAAUGUAUGAAACUAUAAUCUCGGGGUUCUCAUUUUGUGGUUUUAUUUAUACUUUGUGUACAUAGGUAUAUAUAUGUAUAGCUUGAAUGUAUGAGCUCAGUGCGAUCACUUGCUUGUAAUAACCACAAUGAUUACCAUAGUUUAUCAACAGCGUAGUAUUGUCCAGUCCAGGCUCACUGUAGUGUUCGGUCCCACUGGCCACUGUGAAAUUACGACAACAAACGAACAAAAAAAAAAAAAAAAACAAAAAACAAACUGCAGCUACCUUACCUUGUGUAUAUACACUAUUUCUCGCUUAGCUGGUGCUGUUUUUCAGGUGUCUCACUUGAACAUUUCAAGCUUGCUCUUAAGCUCUGGGUUUGUCAACACUCCAUUUUUGUGUAGUUGAAGCGCUUGCGUCUUUUUCUUUCUUUCUUCUUCUUCUUCAAACUACUCUCACCAUGUCAGGCAGUAGUUCACCCAGCUGUUUGAAUCUCCCUGCUCUGCUUCCACCUUCCUUCUGGCUUUAUCAGGCGUGUUUGUGUUUCAUUGUAGUGUUUUUCCAUGUGGUGGCUCAAGAGACGUAGUUAUUUUGAUCGUAGAGGAGCGUGAAGGUUGUACAUGAUAACUGGGAGAAUCCGUUGCAGAUGGAUUCGUCAAGAGAAACGCUUGGGGGAUGGAGCUGGAUGGGUCAAAAAGGGCAAGAAAAGCUGGAAGAGUGGAUAUUGGAAAACCUAACAAAAAAAAUGAAAAUAAAGGUUUUUAUUAACUUU